AUGAAGAGAAAAGCAUCAAGAGGUUUCUCCCUCAUCACUCCUCAGUCGAGAGAACCAGCCAGUGUAAAUGCGUCCUGGAAGAUGGAAAUUGCAGACUACGAGGUCUGGAAGAAAUUCCACAGGAGGAACAAGCUCUGGUCUUACGUCACGACGGGCGUCUGGCUCUUCGGGCUCAUCGGCAUGAUCGCCUCUUUCCUGCUGUCGUAUAAAGUGCUCGGCUUCGUCUUCCUAGCCUUCGCUAUCUCCGGACCGUUCUCGAUUCUCUUCAUCCCUGGGUACUUCUAUAGCUUCGAUAGGCGAUAUAGGAAGCCUCGGUGCCUCGCCGCAGGAGUGGAUCCUCGGCUGUACAUGCUCCCGAACGUCCCGUAUCUCUUCGUGGAAGGAGGGACGAUCCUGCCCACGGAUCGGACGUGGUACGUGUCGAUACCCGAGGACGGGGUGUAUCAUGCGAGUCGAGGCAGAGUGAAAUGCCUGGUGCAUCGGGAGGCCCUCCACGCGAUCCGAGGAAAGUCCUGGCACUUCAAGAACUUUUCACCUGAUCCGAAUCAGGGGAAUCCGCCGUUCGUCCUCAAAUCCAGCCCUUCUUGGAAUCUGCCAUCGACCGACAUGGCCUCUGUCGUCCUCAUCGAUUCCCCGAUCUUCCUUCCCUUCCCGACCUCGACUCCGGUGCUUCCUCAGGACUCCGGGCUGACGGAAAUCCCCUCCGAUUCGUCGAGGGCGAUUCACAUGCAGGGAUGCGCGAGGAAUCCUCCGUUCCUCCCGAAAUUCGAGCUCGAUUUACCUCCAACUUACGAGGAAGUGAUGAAGACCUCGCAGCCGUCGAGAUCGAGGACGUCGUCGGAAUCGACGUAGCAGAAACCUCGGUCCAAAACGAUUUCCUCUCCUCGUUCGUCCUGAUGGCAGAAGUUCCCAGACGACUGCUCGAAUCUCGUGGAAAACUUAGCUUGGCCCUGAUACGCUUCUGGCAAUCGGACGGUGACGCAUGAUCGCGUUUCUUUUCGAAGGAUUUUCUGCUUUUUUCUUCUCUCGUGGGAGUUCCUUCUCUCUCUUCCGCAUCAAACUCCGAG